AUGGCGUCAAGAACAAUGGACGCAUCUAUUCUCAUGAUCUUCGCGGCGGUCGCAUUAAUGUCUGGUGAGAGAGCAAUGGCAGUGGACUGCUCGUCGUUGAUACUAAACAUGGCAGAUUGUUUGUCGUUCGUGACAAGCGGGAGUACGGUGAAGAUACCGGAAGGGACAUGUUGCUCAGGGCUCAAGACUGUGGUUAGGUCAGGACCUGAAUGUAUCUGUGAGGGUUUCAAGAACAGUGCUGCUCUUGGUGUUACUCUUGAUCUUACCAAAGCUGCUUCUCUUCCUUCUGUUUGUAAAGUUGCUGCUCCCCCAUCUGCUCGUUGUGGCCUCUCUGUCCCUGCAUAUUCUCCUGCUUCCUCCCCUGGUUUAUCUCCCACGGCCGGAGCAGGUGCACCAGAGUUAUCCUCUGGAGCAAGCACGACGGCAACUCCUGUUCCAGCCCCAAGGAGUUCCGAUGCGUCCUUGCUCUCUGUGUCUUUAGCAUCUGCCCUCUUCAUGACCCUUAUCUCUUCUUUCUAUUGA